CGUGCGUUUGCAGACUUUUGUCCGCCAUUCCGCACCAGGAGCUAGCCUGAAGCGUCGCGUUCUUAAAAUAUAACGUCUUCUCUCAUGUUCCUGUGACCGUGCGGAUAAUUUUCGAAUACAUACGUGCUGCUGUGGUUUAGGAGGUAAAGGCCACCAUGGCCACAGCGUUCCCUUACAGGCCUGUUCCUGGGGCUGUUCCCGGAGGUGUCCCUGCAGGCAUUCCCCCAGGCAUUCCUGGAGGGAUUCCUACCGGCAUCCCUCCUCCGGCCCAGGUCCCCGACUACAUGUCUGAAGAGAAACUGCAAGAGAAAGCUCGCAAAUGGCAACAAUUACAGGCCAAGCGCUACUCGGAGAAGCGAAAGUUUGGUUUUGUGGAUGCCCAGAAGGAGGACAUGCCCCCUGAGCAUGUGCGCAAAAUUAUCAGGGACCAUGGAGACAUGACCAACAGGAAAUUUCGCCACGACAAGAGGGUCUACCUUGGUGCCCUGAAGUACAUGCCUCAUGCUGUGUUGAAACUACUGGAGAACAUGCCCAUGCCUUGGGAGCAGAUUCGGGAUGUCCCAGUACUGUACCACAUCACUGGAGCAAUCUCCUUUGUCAAUGAAAUCCCAUGGGUCAUUGAGCCAGUCUACAUUGCCCAGUGGGGCUCCAUGUGGAUUAUGAUGCGUCGGGAGAAGAGAGACCGGCGGCACUUCAAGCGCAUGAGAUUCCCUCCAUUUGAUGACGAGGAGCCCCCUCUGGACUAUGCCGACAACAUCUUGGAUGUGGAACCCCUGGAAGCCAUUCAGAUGGAGCUGGAUCCUGAGGAGGAUUCAUCUGUGGUGGACUGGAUGUAUGAACACCAGCCACUCAAAGACAACCCCAAGUUUGUGAAUGGAACAACGUACAGACAUUGGCAGUUUACCCUGCCCAUGAUGUCCACAUUGUACCGCCUGGCUAACCAGUUGCUCACAGAUCUGGUGGAUAGCAAUUACUUCUACCUGUUUGACUUGAAAGCCUUCUUCACCUCUAAGGCUCUUAACAUGGCCAUCCCAGGAGGGCCCAAAUUUGAGCCCCUUGUGAGGGACAUCAAUCUGCAGGAUGAAGACUGGAAUGAGUUCAAUGACAUCAACAAGAUCAUCAUCAGGCAGCCCAUAAGGACAGAGUACAAGAUUGCAUUCCCUUAUUUGUACAACAACUUGCCACACCACGUUCACCUUACCUGGUACCACACACCCAACGUGGUUUUCAUUAAGACAGAAGAUCCAGAUUUGCCUGCCUUCUACUUUGACCCUCUCAUCAACCCAAUCUCUCAUAGGCACUCGGUGAAGAGCCAGGAGCCUCUUCCUGAUGAUGAUGAGGAGUUUGAGUUGCCUGAGUAUAUGGAGCCCUUCCUGAAGGACACACCACUUUACACUGACAACACAGCGAAUGGGAUUGCUCUCCUCUGGGCCCCUCGCCCUUUCAACCUGAGAUCAGGAAGAACCCGCCGAGCUAUUGAUGUCCCACUCAUCAAGAACUGGUAUCGUGAGCACUGCCCGGCUGGACAGCCUGUGAAAGUGCGUGUCUCCUACCAGAAGCUGCUCAAAUAUUAUGUGCUAAAUGCCCUCAAGCACAGACCACCAAAAGCUCAGAAGAAAAGAUACCUGUUCCGCUCCUUCAAGGCCACCAAAUUCUUCCAGUCAACAAAGCUGGACUGGGUGGAGGUGGGCCUUCAAGUGUGCCGACAGGGCUACAACAUGCUCAACCUGCUCAUUCACAGAAAAAACCUUAACUACCUGCAUCUGGACUACAACUUCAACCUGAAGCCUGUCAAGACCCUCACCACGAAGGAACGUAAGAAGUCAAGAUUUGGCAAUGCGUUCCAUCUGUGUCGAGAGGUUCUUCGCCUCAGCAAGCUGGUGGUGGAUAGCCAUGUGCAGUACCGACUGGGAAAUGUUGAUGCGUUCCAGCUUGCUGAUGGGCUGCAGUACAUCUUUGCCCACGUGGGGCAGCUCACAGGCAUGUACAGGUACAAAUACAAGCUGAUGCGACAGAUCCGAAUGUGCAAAGACCUUAAGCAUCUCAUCUACUACCGCUUCAACACUGGGCCGGUGGGAAAGGGCCCAGGAUGUGGGUUCUGGGCACCAGGGUGGAGAGUUUGGCUGUUCUUCAUGAGGGGCAUCACCCCUUUGCUGGAGAGGUGGCUGGGGAAUCUGUUGGCUAGGCAGUUUGAAGGUCGACACUCUAAGGGAGUUGCCAAGACUGUCACAAAGCAACGUGUGGAGUCCCACUUUGACCUGGAGUUGCGAGCGGCUGUGAUGCACGAUAUCCUGGACAUGAUGCCUGAGGGAAUCAAACAGAACAAGGCUAGGACAAUCCUUCAGCACUUGAGCGAAUCCUGGAGGUGUUGGAAAGCUAACAUUCCCUGGAAGGUUCCUGGACUUCCUACCCCAAUCGAGAACAUGAUCCUCCGCUAUGUGAAGGCCAAAGCUGACUGGUGGACCAACACAGCUCACUACAAUCGGGAGCGAAUCAGGCGUGGUGCCACCGUGGAUAAGACGGUGUGCAAGAAGAACCUGGGCCGGCUGACCCGACUCUACCUGAAGGCUGAGCAGGAAAGGCAGCACAACUACCUGAAGGAUGGUCCUUACAUCACUGCAGAGGAGGCUGUUGCCAUCUACACCACCACUGUACACUGGUUGGAGAGCAGGCGGUUUUCACCCAUCCCUUUCCCACCACUGUCGUACAAACACGACACCAAGCUGCUCAUUCUGGCCCUGGAGAGGCUUAAGGAAGCCUACAGUGUGAAGUCCAGGCUGAACCAGUCACAGCGUGAGGAGCUGGGUCUAAUUGAGCAGGCCUAUGACAACCCUCACGAGGCACUGUCCAGGAUCAAGCGUCACCUCCUUACCCAGAGAGCUUUCAAAGAGGUUGGCAUCGAAUUCAUGGACCUGUACAGUCACCUGGUUCCUGUGUACGAUGUGGAGCCCCUGGAGAAGAUCACCGACGCCUACCUUGAUCAGUAUCUGUGGUACGAGGCGGACAAGCGCAGACUCUUUCCCCCAUGGAUAAAACCAGCUGACACAGAGCCGCCUCCACUGCUUGUGUACAAGUGGUGCCAAGGGAUCAACAAUCUACAGGAUGUGUGGGAAACUGUGGAGGGCGAGUGCAACGUCAUGCUGGAGUCACGCUAUGAGAAAAUGUAUGAGAAGAUUGACUUGACACUGUUGAACAGGCUACUUCGUCUUAUUGUGGAUCACAACAUUGCUGACUACAUGACGGCCAAGAAUAACGUGGUCAUCAACUACAAGGAUAUGAACCACACAAAUUCCUACGGCAUCAUCCGUGGCCUGCAGUUUGCUUCGUUCAUCGUCCAGUACUACGGACUGGUGAUGGACCUGCUGGUUCUGGGUCUCCACCGGGCCAGCGAGAUGGCUGGACCCCCUCAAAUGCCCAACGACUUCCUGAGCUUUCAGGACAUUGUCACAGAGACCGCCCACCCCAUUCGCCUGUACUGCAGAUACAUUGACCGCAUUCACAUCUUUUUCAGGUUCUCUGCAGAUGAGGCCAGGGACUUGAUCCAGAGGUACCUCACUGAGCACCCAGACCCCAACAAUGAGAAUAUUGUGGGCUACAACAACAAGAAGUGCUGGCCCAGAGAUGCAAGGAUGAGGCUGAUGAAGCAUGAUGUCAACCUGGGUCGUGCUGUCUUCUGGGACAUCAAGAACCGGCUGCCACGGUCUGUAACCACAGUGCAGUGGGAGAACAGCUUUGUGUCCGUCUACAGCAAGGACAACCCCAACCUGCUCUUCAACAUGUGUGGCUUUGAGUGCCGCAUCCUGCCAAAGUGUCGCACCAGCUAUGAGGAGUUCACCCAUAAGGAUGGCGUGUGGAACCUGCAAAACGAGGUGACCAAAGAGAGGACAGCGCAGUGCUUUCUGCGUGUGGAUGAUGAGUCCAUGCAGAGGUUCCACAACAGGGUCAGACAGAUCCUGAUGGCUUCUGGGUCUACGACUUUUACCAAGAUUGUGAACAAGUGGAACACAGCUCUCAUUGGUCUAAUGACCUACUUCCGUGAGGCUGUGGUCAACACACAGGAACUUCUGGACCUGUUGGUCAAGUGUGAGAACAAGAUUCAGACCCGUAUCAAGAUUGGGCUGAACUCUAAGAUGCCCAGCCGUUUUCCUCCUGUUGUUUUUUACACCCCUAAAGAGCUGGGAGGACUUGGCAUGCUGUCUAUGGGACACGUGCUCAUUCCCCAGUCAGACCUGAGGUGGUCCAAGCAGACAGAUGUGGGUAUCACACACUUCCGCUCUGGUAUGAGCCAUGAAGAGGACCAACUGAUUCCCAAUCUAUAUCGCUACAUCCAGCCAUGGGAGAGCGAGUUUAUCGAUUCCCAGAGGGUUUGGGCUGAAUACGCUCUGAAAAGACAGGAGGCCAUUGCUCAGAACAGGCGGCUGACUCUUGAGGACUUGGAGGACUCUUGGGACAGGGGCAUCCCACGUAUCAACACCCUUUUCCAGAAAGACCGGCACACGUUGGCCUACGACAAGGGCUGGAGAGUGAGGACAGACUUUAAGCAGUACCAGGUCCUGAAGCAAAAUCCCUUCUGGUGGACCCACCAGAGGCAUGAUGGAAAGCUGUGGAACUUGAACAACUACCGCACAGACAUGAUCCAGGCACUCGGUGGUGUGGAAGGCAUCCUGGAGCACACACUCUUCAAGGGAACCUAUUUCCCCACCUGGGAAGGUCUCUUCUGGGAGAAGGCUAGUGGUUUUGAGGAAUCCAUGAAGUGGAAGAAACUCACUAAUGCACAGAGAUCUGGUUUGAAUCAGAUUCCCAACCGACGAUUUACACUCUGGUGGUCGCCUACAAUCAACAGGGCCAAUGUGUAUGUAGGAUUCCAGGUGCAACUGGAUCUUACUGGCAUCUUCAUGCAUGGCAAGAUCCCAACCCUGAAGAUCUCCCUAAUUCAGAUCUUCAGAGCUCACUUGUGGCAGAAGAUUCAUGAGAGCAUCGUCAUGGAUCUUUGUCAGGUGUUUGACCAAGAGCUGGAUGCGCUGGAGAUUGAGACUGUACAAAAGGAGACAAUUCACCCCAGGAAGUCCUACAAGAUGAAUUCCUCCUGUGCUGACAUCCUGCUCUUUGCCUCCUACAAGUGGAAUGUCUCACGGCCUUCUCUGCUUGCAGACUCAAAGGAUGUAAUGGAUAGCACUACCACUCAGAAGUACUGGAUUGACAUCCAGCUGCGAUGGGGUGACUAUGACUCUCAUGACAUUGAACGAUACGCCAGGGCCAAGUUUCUGGACUACACCACAGACAACAUGAGUAUCUACCCAUCUCCAACUGGAGUGUUAAUUGCCAUUGACCUGGCCUACAAUUUGCACAGUGCUUAUGGGAACUGGUUUCCUGGGAGCAAGCCCUUGAUUCAGCAGGCCAUGGCAAAGAUCAUGAAGGCCAACCCUGCCCUGUAUGUGCUCAGGGAGAGGAUCCGCAAAGGCUUGCAGCUGUACUCCUCUGAGCCAACUGAGCCGUACCUGUCUUCCCAGAACUACGGAGAACUCUUCUCCAAUCAGAUCAUCUGGUUUGUGGAUGAUACCAAUGUGUACAGAGUCACCAUCCACAAGACCUUUGAGGGCAACUUGACCACAAAACCCAUCAAUGGAGCCAUUUUCAUCUUCAACCCAAGGACUGGACAGCUGUUCUUGAAGAUUAUUCACACAUCUGUGUGGGCUGGGCAGAAACGUCUAGGACAGCUGGCAAAGUGGAAGACAGCUGAAGAAGUGGCUGCUCUCAUUCGCUCACUUCCAGUGGAAGAGCAGCCCAAGCAGAUCAUUGUUACCAGGAAAGGCAUGCUGGACCCACUGGAGGUCCACUUGCUUGAUUUCCCCAACAUUGUGAUCAAGGGCUCUGAGCUGCAGUUGCCAUUCCAGGCCUGUCUGAAGGUUGAGAAAUUUGGAGAUCUCAUUUUGAAGGCUACUGAGCCCCAGAUGGUCCUGUUCAAUCUCUAUGAUGACUGGCUGAAGACUAUCUCCUCCUACACAGCAUUCUCUCGACUGAUCUUGAUUCUGAGAGCUCUCCAUGUGAACAAUGAUCGGGCCAAGGUGAUCCUGAAACCAGACAAGACCACAAUCACAGAGCCCCACCACAUCUGGCCCACCCUUACCGAUGAGGAAUGGAUCAAGGUGGAGGUGCAGCUCAAAGAUCUCAUCUUGGCUGAUUAUGGCAAGAAGAACAAUGUAAAUGUGGCAUCACUGACCCAGUCUGAGAUCAGAGACAUCAUUCUGGGGAUGGAGAUCUCUGCUCCAUCGCAACAGAGGCAGCAGAUUGCUGAGAUUGAGAAACAGACCAAAGAACAGUCCCAGCUGACUGCCACACAGACCCGCACGGUCAACAAGCAUGGUGAUGAGAUCAUUACCUCUACCACCAGCAACUAUGAGACGCAGACCUUCUCCUCCAAGACAGAAUGGAGAGUGCGAGCAAUUUCUGCUGCCAAUUUGCAUCUGCGCACAAACCACAUCUACGUGUCAUCCGACGAUAUCAAGGAGACGGGAUACACUUACAUCCUCCCCAAGAACGUCCUGAAGAAGUUCAUUUGUAUCUCAGAUCUCCGUGCACAGAUUGCUGGGUACCUGUAUGGAACGAGCCCUCCAGAUAACCCCCAGGUAAAGGAGAUCCGCUGCAUUGUUAUGGUACCCCAGUGGGGAACACACCAGACCGUUCACCUGCCAAACCAGCUUCCCCAGCAUGAGUAUCUGAAGGAAAUGGAGCCGCUUGGCUGGAUCCACACUCAGCCCAAUGAGUCGCCUCAGCUUUCCCCGCAAGAUGUUACUACCCACGCUAAGAUUAUGGCAGACAACCCAUCCUGGGAUGGAGAGAAGACCAUCAUCAUCACCUGCAGUUUUACACCAGGUUCAUGCACUCUGACAGCCUACAAGCUCACCCCUAGCGGGUAUGAGUGGGGAAGGCAGAACACAGACAAGGGCAACAAUCCGAAGGGUUACCUACCGUCCCAUUACGAGAGGGUGCAGAUGCUGCUAUCUGAUCGCUUCCUUGGAUUUUUCAUGGUUCCUGGACAAGUCUCCUGGAACUACAACUUUAUGGGUGUUCGCCACGACCCGAACAUGAAGUACGACCUGCAACUCGCCAAUCCCAAGGAGUUUUACCAUGAGGUCCACCGGCCCUCGCACUUCUUGAACUUCGCCUCGCUGCAGGAGGGCGAGAUCUACAACGCUGACCGUGAAGACAUGUUUGCUUAAGAGACAUGUGGUAUAGACCUGGCUGCUUGGGUGUUGAUGUUCCGGAAAGCAGAGCUGGGGACCUGAAGGCAUUGCAACCUGUUCGAGUUAUUAAGUUAAAUUAGCAAAAUGGCCUGUCAGAGCUGUUGUAGCACCCUGUGGGUUUUAUUCUGCUUAUAGAAACGGAUGCUCUUAACACAGCUUGUCUUUUCCUUCCUUCCUCCCUCAAAUGCGUUUUGAUGCAUGGGUGUUCUGUAAUAUGUGGCUUCAGGUCUACAUGCUAUGUAAAUGAUUUUGAGUUGCUCUUUAGUUAUAGAUGUCUGUACAACUCUGAAAUCUGAGUUAAUUGUUUGCUGUCUGGUAAAAUUGGAAUUUGUAUUUUUUACAAAAC